ACCUUUGCGUUAUUAUUAUUACUCCGAAUUCGUGUUUGAUCAAUAAUUUAUCGAAUAAACAAGUGUAAGAUGAGUGGCAUAUCGACGAAAAGUGUAAGGCUACAGAAACUAGUAACAUAUUUCGCGGAAAGAAAGUCACUGAUAAACAUUUUCUGUCAUAAUAAAAUCACAUGUGCGACUUGUACCAGAGGUUAUGUUGUGACAUGCUCUAAUAAAAAUUGGCAUUUAAAAAAUAUAAUAUCUUGUAAAACAGAACUGUUUAUUAGUGAACUUUGUGUUGGACGAGAAUUUUCUACUGAGCAAGAUAUCCAAUCUAUCAAUUUUAUCAAAUUGUCAACUGAAACCCUUGAGUCACUUUCAGAAUAUUUUGAUGAAAUAAUAGAACAAGCAACUCAUUUACAAGAUGCAGAUGUAUCAUCAGGGGAUGGAGUGCUUACAGUCAAAUUUGGAUCUGAAUAUGGAACUUAUGUUAUUAACAGGCAAAUUCCAAAUCUACAAAUCUGGCUAUCAUCACCAAAAUCAGGACCGAAACGAUAUGAUUUCAUAGAUGGCACAUGGAUAUACAAACACGACGGGAAAUCAUUACACGAAUUGUUAAAUGAGGAAAUAGCAGAUAUUGUAAAAUUUCCGGUUUUAUUUACGGAUUGCUCCUAUGGUAUCAAAAAGUCAAUUGUUUGAAUCAUCUAGAUUAUAUAUGUAUAUAGCGUUAUUUUUUAUUAUGAAGUACAUUAUUGCUUGUAUAUAUUACAUGUAAAUAAAACUAUAUCGAAAA